CAAACUUGUUUCCAAAAGUUAAUCAAUUCUUUGUUUAUCCAUUUAUUUUAUAUUAUAUAAAUUAUCACUCAACUUAUGGCUGAGUUGUCGUAUCUGGAGAUCGUUGGCAUUAUUUGGUUGUCUUUGUUUGUAUUGAAACUCUUGUUGAGUGUCUUAAGAGGUUUGUGGACCACUUGUUUGGCUCAUAGAUUGGGAUUUGGGAUCAAAUGGAAACCCGGAGACCACGUGUGGGCUGUCAUUACGGGCGCCACCGAUGGUAUUGGUCUUCAAUACGCCAAACAAUUGGCACAAAAAGGAUAUAAUUUAGUCAUUAUCUCCAGAAGUGAAGACAAACUGAUGGCAACACAAAAGAGUCUAUUAAACGACUACAAGAACUGCAAACAGGUGAAGACAAUAGCCGUUGACUUCAACCGUACAGACAUUUACGAUAAGAUCACUCGCGAGCUGAGUGGUGUGGAAGUGGUGGAUGUGUUGGUGAACAAUGUGGGGACUCUUAGCCGAUGCGCGGACUACUUCCUGGACAUCGGGUCCCAAAUGAACGAAACGUAUUUCAAAGUCAAUAUGUUUUCGUAUAUAAGACUCAUUGAAAUAGUUUUGCCAAAAAUGGUUCAACAAAAUCGCGGUAUUGUUAUCAACGUCUCGUCGCAGACAGCGUUAGCACCGGUACCUCUCAUGACUACUUAUGCCGCGACCAAAGCGUUCAUUACAUUCCUGUCGGAAGGCCUGUCCGUUGAGUACGAGUCCAAAGGCGUGACAAUACAGACAGUGAUGCCAUCGAUGACUAAGACGAAG